AUGGCCUAUCCGGUAGCUUUUGACAUCCUGUUCAGACGGGAUAACCUCCUGAACCCCGACAAUGACCCCAAUAUCGGAUCCUCCCGAGGAAACGCAUCCUCGACGACGUCCGAUGUAAUAGAUGAUCUUGGGCUUGGUGGAAACUCUACUUCUUUAUCCUCGUUUCUUACCACCCUGAUACCCGCCCUGCUGAUUGCGGCGUUUUGGUUUGGCCUAUUCCUGAUCUGCCGACGAACUCAACUGCGAUGUGAACGUGCCCCGCAACUGCCUUCGGGAUUUGUCAAUUGGUUUGGUCAGUUCCUGAGGAUUUCUGAUGCCCAAGUGCUUCGCCAUUCCUCCAUGGACGGAUACCUUUUCCUACGAUUUCUCAGAGUGCUUUCAGCCACCUGCUUUACAGGCUGUGUAAUCACAUGGCCUAUACUCCUUCCCAUCAACGCCACAGGUGGCGCAGGCAAUACCCAAUUAGACGCCCUGAGCUUUAGCAAUGUCCAAGACCCGACGCGCUACUAUGCUCACACAGUCAUGGCAAUCAUCUUUUUCACCUUUGUAUUCUUUGUGGUUACACGCGAGAGCAUCUUCUAUGCAAACCUACGCCAGGCAUACUUCAACUCCCCGGCCUACGCAGAGCGUAUUUCGUCUAGGACUGUUUUGUUUAUGUCAGUACCGGAGGAAUACAAGAACGAGGAAACACUGCGUCAGGUCUUCGGAAACAACAUCAAUCGGAUAUGGAUCACGUCGGAGUGCAAAGAGCUGGACAAAAAGGUCCAAGAAAGAGAGAAACUGGCCUUCAGACUGGAAAACGCCGAGACAAAGCUGAUUCGGGCGGCAAACUCUGCGCGCCUGAAAGACGCCAAAAAGGGUGUCAUCUCCUCGAAGACGUGUCUGAACUCGGAAACCUGUGUUGAGUGCGAAUCCGGCUCGUCCGCGUCAUACCAUGGAGUCCGCAGGCCGACUCACCGGGUGAAAAUGUUCGGCAAGAAGGUCGAUACAAUCCGCUGGCUGCGCGCUGAGCUUGCAAAGAUUGCCGAGGAAAUCCAGUGUAUGCAGACGAAGCACAAGAACGGAGAGAUGAAGAACCUUUCCGCCGUGUUCAUUGAAUUUAGCUCGCAGAAUGAUGCCCAGGUCGCUCUGCAGACUUUGUCCCACCACCAGCCACUCCACAUGACCCCUCGUUAUAUUGGAAUCUCUCCCGACGAGGUUGUGUGGGGUGCUUUGAAUCUGAGUUGGUGGCAAAGAAUCGUGCGCAGAUUCUCAGUUCAAGGUGGCCUCGCAGCACUCGUCGUCUUCUGGUCCAUUCCAUCCGCCAUGGUGGGCACAAUCUCCAACAUCAGCUACCUCACGAACCUGGUCCCAUUCCUGGGGUUCAUCAACAAGCUCCCGGAUCUAAUCCUAGGCCUGAUAUCUGGUCUUCUGCCGUCUGCUGCACUUGCUUUAUUGAUGUCUCUCGUCCCAAUUAUAUGUAGAGCCUGCGCCAGAUGUGCCGGUGUACCAUCCACCUCUCGAGUUGAGCUUUUCACUCAAAGCGCGCACUUCUGCUUCCAAGUAGUUCAAGUAUUCCUCGUCACUACCUUGACCUCCGCAGCCUCUGCUGCAACAGCUCAAAUCAUCCAGAACCCCCUGUCAGCCAAAGACCUGCUGGCGGAGAACCUGCCCAAAGCAACGAACUUCUACAUCUCCUACUUCCUCCUGCAGGGCCUAACCAUGAGCUCAAUGGCGCUAGUGCAAGUCGCCAGCGCGGUCGUCUUCAAAUUCAUCACGACCUUCUUCGACCGCACCCCCCGCCGACUAUACCGCAAAUGGGCCGCUCUCAGCGGCAUAGGAUGGGGCAACGUCUUCCCCGUGUUCACAAACAUGGGCGUCAUCGCAAUCACAUACUCCUGCAUCGCCCCUCUAAUCCUCGGUUUCGCCUUCCUGGGUCUAUACCUCGUCUACCAAGCCUACCGCUACAACUUCCUCUUCGUCUACGACCUGCGCAUCGACACCAAAGGCCUGGUCUACCCGCGCGCCCUCCAACACCUACUAACAGGGAUCUACCUCGCCGACAUCUGCCUGAUCGGGCUCUUCGCCAUCAAAGGCGCCAUCGGCCCGCUCAUCAUCAUGGCGCUGUUCCUCAUCGCCACUAUCCUCGCGCACAUCUCCCUCAACGACGCCCUCGAACCCCUCUACUCCUUCCUGCCCCGCACCCUCGACGUCGAAGAAAUAGCCCAGCGAGCCAAACUGGAAACCGACGCCCUCCCCCCCUCCCCCCCCCUCGUUGGAAAAUGGGAAUCAGCCUGGAAAUGGUUCCACCCCAACCUCUACCGGGACUACGCCGCCCUCCGCGGCAAGGUACCCCGCGACCACGUCGAGAUCCGAUACACUGAGGAGGAGCGCAACAACGCGUACUACGAGCCGUGUAUCACCGCGCGCACACCCACGAUCUGGAUCCCCCGCGACAAAUGGGGGUUCAGUCGCCAGGAGGUGCUGGAGACGGAUGCUGGGAUCCCCAUUACGGAUGAGGGGGCUCAUCUGAGUGAAAAGAAUAGGAUUGUUUGGGAUAAAUAUGAUCCGAAACUGCCGCUUUGGGAACUGAAGAUUUUGUAUUGAUUCAAUUGUGUGUGCAUGUGUUAUGAGGUAAUGGAUAAUGG